AUGUGUCUCUGUCUCAUUCUCUAUUUCUUGCAGACAGUAGCCGACCCGGCCCUUGUCUGCAGCUCAAGGUACUACACCUUCACUGUACUAUGUAAAUUCCCAGCCAACCUCAUCACCGUCUACCUCCGUACUAUUCAUCGUCAACAAGAUUGGCAGCACCUGCUUUGCACCUUAGAUCAAUAGAGCCGUCGGUACGUCGACUCUUUCUGCCUCUGCACACCUUACCUAAGUAGA